AUGCACAGUCAUCACCCUCCGAAACUAAUGGAUAAUUGCUAUGUAAAUAAGCCAGAUUGCAAAUAUCCUUCCAACUUAUCAUCAGCUAGGUCGAAAUCAAUGAAAAAGAGUACAUCUUUUACUGGCCAGACUGAGGAAACAAACAGCAAGCCCGACUCAUCAUCAAAUGAAAGUCAAAUAUCUGCAUGGUUGUUGCAAUGUAAUAAUGCUUCUGUGACAUUUGGUGAUGAAAAUGAUAGACAACCUGAGAACAAGACACCAACUGAAGGUCAGCAAAUAAACUAUAAUCCACAGAAGCAUUUCAAUGAUCAUUCACGUUCAUACUCUACGUAUGAGCAAAAGCAGGAUGCAGGCAAGGUGGCUAGUGUAAAUAAAAAGGAACUACGAUCAAUUUUUAAUUCGAAAAAUUCUAGCCUCAAUGAAGUGAGUGAAAAUAAUCUAAAGAGUUUCACUAAGCAACUAAUACAUUCAAAUCACGAACGGUUGGAUGAACAGAAUAAAUUGAAUGAUGUAAAAAAUAAUCAUAGUCAGUCUUUAUAUGUGAAAAAAAAUGCAAAAAAAUUAUCAGAUAAAGUUUCAGAUAAUGAUGAAUUUAAUGUACAAAUGAAUCCGAACAAUGUUAAAUAUUAUGAUGCUAAUUCAACGAAUGCAACUGACUGGGCUAGUGUGUCUUCAUCUGAGUGGGGUGACGAUAUGUGUGAGUUUGAUCGACAACAGUCUUUUCGUGUGCAUGAGAUGUUUGAAGAAAUUGACCGCAUCUUAUUCGACAAUUUAACUUUCGAUUCGCGGGACCAAACACAGAAAAAUAACGUAAAUACUUCACCUGAUGACAAAACCUAUUAUUCUAUGAACAAAUCGAACUGUCUUAAUUUCCCUUCGUACACCGAUGACUGUCAUCCAAUAAAUAUAGAUAAUUUAAGACUAUUAUCCUCAAAUCCAGAAGAAACUCAAAAUUUACGUAAGCAGUGUGUUGUAUUUCAGUAUGUUAUUAUUUUCUAA